AUGAUGGUGGUUGCAACUGGGGGCUCCAAUAAUGGACUACAACAGCAACAACAACAACAUCAUCAGCAAAAUCAUUCACAACAACAGCAACAUCAACAGCAACAACAACAAUUAAUCGCUCAACAACAACAGCAGCACCAACCACAACAACAUCGUCAAAUUAUUACCUCCACGCUAGCACAACAUCAGCAACAGUUACAAAACAAUAACACAACAAUAAUUGCAACAACACAACAACAACAGCAGCAACAAAACCAACAACAGCAUCAGCAGCAACAACAAACCACUAAUGGCUCAGCCACAACAACACCGUCCAAUCUUGAAGCUUUUUCCAACAUCGCAACAGCUGCUCAAACACUCGAAUUAAGUUCAUUAAAUGCCGCCCAGUUGGUGGGUGGACACUUAACGGCCGAUGGUAAUUUUGUUACCAUGGGCGGUGUUGUAGUCGGACGUUUACAUCCCGCUCCAGGUGCUGCGGGCAAUACGCAUUUUCUUCAACAUCAAUUGCGAAUACAUACACCCCAUUUGGGCGUAAUAAAAAUGGAACCAUCGCCCAAUGCUAAUGAAUACAACAACAACACCAAUAAUGUAAACAGUAACACUAACAACAAUAGCAACAAUAACUCAACGACGCACACAAAUAAUGCAAACGAAGGAUGAGUCCCCGACUAUGAGACACUAUUGGAAUAUGUGCUCAAUGAUUGAAAAUUAAAUGACGAAAAACAAAAGAGUGAAUAAAAAAACACAACAUAUGCAUGUGUACGUGUGUGUAAGCAUAAUAUAGUCAUUUAUCCUAUGAAAUUUUGGAAUUGACUUUGUAAUUAAUUAUUAAUUUUUGGCUUAAAUAGAUGUAGAGUAGAAUAUUGUCAAAUUGUCGAGAGAUGAAUGAAUAUCUCACAGCGAAUGUUAAUAAAAAAUAUUGUUUUUAAAUUAAAUAAGCAAAUUUAUUAAAAAAAAACUUGCUGAAUAAUCUCACAAUGGUAUUCAGUGCAAAGGAGUGAUUAUUAGGAAAGUUAAACAUUAAUAAACUCAAAAUAUAAUUCCCGAGAAUGUUUUCUUGCGCUUUCCUAACAUGUUUUCCUAUGGCAGACUAACUUUUUUCACCAUAAAAUUACAACAAUUAAAAUAUUUACUAUAAAUAUUAAAUAUUUGACAAAGAGUAAAUUUAAACCAGUUUCAUGAAGAUAGAUGUGUCUUUGGAAGAUGGGAAGAUAUUUUACAGAAUAUAAUUAAAUGAAAGUGCGCAAAGGUUUUUUCAAUUAAUUGAAUAUUUAAAAAUAGCUAACAGAAAAUUAUGUACUAUAACAUUUAGUAUAUAUGAAAGAUUAAAACUUCUUAAUUCAAUUAAAGCCUUAUAUUGUUUAUGUUUAUUUUGAAAAAUAUGACAAAAAUCUAUCGCAUUAAUUGAAAAAAUAGAUUUUAUUAAAAAAAUAAAAUUAUAUCUACAUCUAUUUAUAAACACUUAUCAGAAAUUGAUUGUUCUUUAUGAAACGAUAUUAUUGCACACAUGCUAACUAACAACCAAAAGAAACCAAGGGCUCAUCCAAUUAUAAAAAUUAAAUAGAUAAAUCUCCGUAUAAAUGUACUUAUAAAAGAAGGAAAAUCUACAAAUAUUAACUAUUUUUCAAAAAAAUACUUAUGGAAAAGGAGAAUUUAUAUUAUUAUUGUUUUAAAUAUUGUUGUCACAAAAUAAAACAAAAAAUAUAAAUAAUAAAUAUUGUUAGUUGUUGUUAUAUACUAUGAUCAUCAGAAUAUUAUAAAUGAAAAACGAAAAAAUUGAUGUUUGUUGUUAAAGAAUAUACAAAAGAAAAAAACCUAAUAACUACUACUGAUAACAUUGUUAAAUAAAUGCAGAGGAAACUAAAAAAGACAAUGAAUGUGUAAUUGUUAUAAUAAUAAUGAAUGAUUAUGAAAACUGCUAAUGUUUGUUAAUAAUGAAAAAAACCUCCCCCCGGAAACCAGGCAACCAACCAUCUCCUCUAAUAAUAAUUUUAAUUUAAACAAAAUAUAAUUCAUAGAAAACUCAAUAAAUAUAAUUAUAAUAAUAUAAAUAAAUAUAUAAAAAACAAAAGUAAAAAAAACCAUAUGAAUCCUAUCAAACAAAACACAAAAACUACAAACUACUGCUAAAUACUACAAAACAACUCUAGUGCUAACUACAAAAUAAAAUAAAACAAAACAACAUAUUUUUUUAACAAA